AUGUCCACUCAAUACGCCAGCGAGCCCAACCCAACGGCAUCGGCCACAUUGCACACGACCGUCGGCCCGAUUCAUAUCGCCCUCUUCGCCAACCAGACUCCCCUCACCUGCAAGAACUUCCUCCAGCACUGCAAGGACAACUACUAUGCCGGAACGAUCUUCCAUCGCAUUGCGCCAGACUUUGUGAUCCAGGGUGGUGACCCUACGGGUACUGGCUCUGGCGGUACAUCCAUCUACGAGUAUCCCGAGUUCGAGUACGAUCCCGAAGCGCGCGAUCCGAAUGAGCGCGUCGUCCUGCGAGAUGAGAUUCACAGUCGACUGCGAUUUAACCGGCGUGGGCAGGUGGGUAUGGCGAAGAGUGAGGAUGGGUCGUAUGGGAGUCAAUUCUUUAUCACGCUCGGUAAUACCGAGCGCGAAUUGAGUGGGCAGUGUACGCUGUUUGGACGUUUGGAGGGGGACAGCAUUUUCAAUGUGCUGAAGAUUGCCGAUGCGGAGCGCGUGGAGGGUACCGAACGACCUGUCUAUCCGGUGAAAGUGACAUCUUGCGAAGUGGGAGAGCUAGGACCCUUGGAGGGUAAAUUGAAGGAUCGCAAGGUCAUUUCAACCACAGCAGGGGGAACCGAGAAGCAAGCGCCCAAGAAAAAGAAGAAGGCCGCAAAAGGAGGAAAGGUCUUGCUGAGCUUUGGUGACGAUGAAGGUGAUGAAGGGAUGCCCAUCCGGCCCGCAAAGCCCAAGUUCAACACCAAACUGGUCACGGAUGUACCUGGUUUAAUGGAGGAUGCGCCAUCAGAGACGAAACCACGAGCUACAGAGUCAGCACCACGCAAACGACCACGAUCUCCAUCUCCAAAACACACUGCCUCGCCAGAGCGGAAACAACGACGUAAAACACCAGAUCCCCAAACACAAUUACCCCUACGAGAUCCCGAAUCACCCUCUCGCUCUCCAACACCAGCAUCCCUACCAGCCAAGGAGUCAAAACUAUCCCGUACUAAUGCCGAGAUUGCUUCACUCAAGGCAUCUAUGCGCCGGAAUGUCGACCUCGGCCCAGCCGAUACAGGUCGUAAAAAGUCCGCCCUCGAAGCAAUGAUCCCCGAAACCGCCACACGCGGUCGUAAACGCCCAGCACCAGGAUCAACAAACGGCGCAGCAGGCCUAUCUAGCUCCAAGAAUUCCGCCCUCGACAUGUUCAACGCCUUCAAAGCCAAACUCGAAGGAAGCACCUCCACCAUCACCAAACAAUCCUCCGCCCAGACACAACCAGACCAACACACCAGCAAAGAAAAAGGCAAAUCCUUCCCCACAGAACCCGAAGACGAAGAAGCCCAACUCUGCGACCUCCAUUUCAUCGCAAACUGCCAAUCCUGCCAAUCAUGGGACGAUCCCGACACAGCCGCAAAUGAAGACGAAGAUGCUCACGACCAAGGCUGGCUCAGUCAUACAUUACGUUUUGGCAAGGAUACGCUCGGCAAGGAUUUGAAUUGGAAGAAGGAUCAUCCUGAUGAUGCUGAUUCGUUGAUGGUUAUUGAUCCGCGUGAGAAGGAGAAGGAUUUGGGUGGGCCGAGUGGGAGUGGACGGAAACGGGGGUUGCAGAGGGAUCGGGAGAGGGAGAGGAAGAGGGAGAGGGCUGGAGAGAGGGAGUGGGAUCGUGAGGGGAAAUAG